AUGGCCACCUACUCGGACGAGCAGCUCGCGCGUUAUUUCGCCCACAUUGGAUACCAAGGCAGAAAUGCCAGGCAGGCCGCGGGCGAGGACGCGCUGGAGGUGCUCGCGACGCUGCAGCGGCUACACCUCGCGCGCGUCCCGUUCGAGAGCCUGACGCUGCACUACUCGCGCCAUCGCCUGCUGUCGCUCGACCCGGACGCCCUGUUUGACAAGAUUGUCGGCAACAGCCGCGGCGGCUACUGCAUGGAGGUCAACACCUUUUUCGCCACGGUCCUGCGCAGUCUCGGCUUCACUCUGAUCAGCGUCGGCGGGAGGGUGAGAGUUGCGGACCAGUACACGGGAUGGAGCCACAUGGCCAACCUCGUCACCAUCAACAGCACGCGAUAUCUUGUCGACGUCGGCUUCGGGUCCAACGGCCCGCCGCAUCCCGUCCUCCUGGUCGACGGCCACGAGUUCGUCGGUAUCGCCCCCGUCCGCGGGCGGCUGCAGCACCGGGCGCUAGAAGAGCAUACAGACCCAAACCAGCGCGCGUGGGUGUACUCGACGCAGGACGCGGAGGGCGCCCCGUGGCGGGAUCAGUACGCCUUUGUCGAGCUGGAGUUUCUGCCGGCCGACUUCGAGGUCAUGAACCUGCACACCAUGACCAUGCCGCAGAGCUACUUUGUGCAGACGGUGCUGUGCAUGCGCACGCUGCUUGACGAGGGCGACCAGACGGCCUGCGGCGUCGUGAUCCUGCACAGGGACUACGUCAAGACGCGCGUCGGCCCUCUCGCUGUCGAGACUAUCGAGGCCCUCGAGACGGAGGAGCAGCGCGUCAGGGCGCUCGAGAAGCAUUUCAAAGUUCUUAUCACGCCUGACGAGCAGAGGGCUAUCUGCGGCCUGGCGAGCGAGCUGAGGCCCAAGGGGCCCAGUCCUUGA